AUGGCUCAGAAAAAAAUUAAGAAAGAAGUUUAUAUAGAUGAAGAUGAAGAAAUAAUUAUUGUUAAAAAAAAACCAAAACCAUCACUUUUGAAAAAAAUUUUAGUACGAACUUUUUUUGGUUUGACUUUUAUCAUUGCUUCAUUAAUUAUAUUAGCACCAUUUUUAUUUCGAUUACAUGGUGAUUUUAUUUUAACUAAAAUGUUAUUUCAAACUUGGUCUCGUUAUUAUCCAUGGAUUGAUUUGACUAAACUCGAUUCAUUUAGUUUGAAUGGAAUUAAUGUUUAUGAACAAACAGAACUUAAUGUUAAAAUUGGAAUUUGAUCAUCAUUAAUAAACUGUUCCAGUAUCUAUAAGUAUGUAUUACCAUCAACAAUUGAAAUUAAUCCUAGUUUACCAACACUUGCUGAUCAUUUAAAAGAAUAUGUAAAAUCUACUGAUCAACCUAUAAUUAUGUAUUUACAUGGACAAGAUGGAACAAGAGCAACAAAUUAUCGAGCAAAUCAUUAUCGUGUAAUGACUAAUUUUGGUAAUCAUAUAAUUGCACUUGAUUAUCGUGGUUAUGGUGAUUCAACUGGUAUACCAAGUAUAGAUGGUGUUGUUUAUGAUGUAUUACAUGUAUUUAAAAUAAUUCGACAAGUUUGUCCAGAUAAUCCAAUAACAAUAUGGGGACAUUCAAUGGGUACAGGUGUUGCAUCAUGGACAAUGAAUUAUUUAUUUAAUAAUCAUACUGAUUUUAAAAAACCAUCAGGUCUUGUACUUGAAGCACCAUUUUAUAAUACAAUGCAAGCAUUUGUUUCAUAUCCAAUUACACGAAUAUUACGAAUUAAUCCAUAUUUUAUGCAAGCAGCACUUGAUUCUUUGAUAAAAGUACAACUUGAUUUUCCAAAUAAUGAAAUUAUAUCAUUUCUUCCAUUACCAAUUGUUUUAAUACAUGCUGAAGAUGAUGUUAUUAUUCCUUAUUUUCAUUUAGAAUUAAUGCAAGAUUAUGUAAAAAAACAUCGUGAUGAUAAUUUACCUCCAGUACGUUUUAUUACAGUACCACGUUCAGCAGGUUGUGGUCAUAAUCAUAUAUAUUCAUAUCCAAAAUUUGCAGAAAUUCUUAGUGAUUUUGCAUUCCUCAAACAUGCACCUCCAGCAUAA